AUGUCAAACACCACGGAUAAGGCACGCUUCUUUUUAGAGAAGUCGGUGCCGGAGUUGAAGGAGUUUGAAAAGAAAAAGAUCUUCAGCAAGGAGGAGAUCACGUCGAUCAUCAAGAAACGGUCCGACUUUGAACACAAGAUCAAUGCCCGUGGUGCGCAAUCCAUCGACUUUGUGCGCUAUGCCCAGUAUGAAAUGAAUCUCGACAAUCUGCGGCGCAAGAGAGUGAAGCGGCUGGGAGUCAGAUCGACCGGGUUUUCGGGGCAGCGACGGAUCUUCUUCGUCUUGGAUCGGGCCACGCGGAAGUUCCCUGGGGAUAUCGGAUUGUGGGUUCAGUACAUCGAAUACGCCCGCCAGCAGAAGUCAUACAAGAAGCUCUCCAUGAUCCUCACAGAUGCGCUGCGUCUCAACCCUACGAACGUGGAUCUGUGGCUCUAUGCGGCGCAAUACUCACUGGACGAACAUGCGGACAUGACCCAGUCGCGGAGCUACAUGCAACGGGGGUUGCGAUUCUGCAAGAGUUCGAGGAAGUUAUGGUUGCACUAUGCCAAGUUGGAAUUGAUCUACAUUGCCAAACUCUUUGCCCGACAGCGGAUCCUGGGUCUCGACCGCGAGAUUGAAGCGCCCAAGGAUCAGGGCGCUUCCCUGGACGACCCCGAUGCCGAUAUGAUUGCGAUGCCGCAGAUCACCGAGGAGGAUAUCAACCCCACCGCUGGCGGUACGGACGAGGCCAACCAGCAGGCACUGCAGACCCUCAGCGCGACGCCGGCCCUCACUGGUGCUAUUCCUCUGGCCAUCUUCAACACAGCACUGAAGCACUUCGACAACGAUGACCGGUUCGGCCAUGAGUUUUACGACAUGACUCUGGAGUUCGAGGAUCUGCCCUGUCUGCGCCGGAUCCUCGAAGAGGUGGUGGAGACGAUGCGGGCGACGAAACCCGCCAGCCCCCACACGCAGAUCUGCUACAUCCGGCUCCCGACCGCUGGGAUUCGGGUCACCUCAGCCGAGUUCCCGCGGGCAUUGGGCGCGUCUCUGGGACGCCUCAAGGAGAGUCAAAACGACCCUCGGGUCGCGAAGGAGGUCAUCGGCUGGCUGCAACCCAUUGCGCAGACCGAGAACCUGGAUCCUGCACUGCAGACGGUCCUUUCUAUCACCAUCCAGAACGCGGAGCGGGUCCUUCCCACGGCGUAA